UCUCGGUUUCACUCCUCCGUCAACCCUCCUGCUGCUCCGCGUUAAACUAAUUAAACUAAUGAGGGUGAUUAAACCGGAGCAGAUCUGCAGCCCCACAUCCUCCCGGAUCAUUUAUUUCAGGAUCUGCAGGUUUUCUUUCGCCAUUCUUCUGCCGUUCGUCUCUCCGGGUGGCGGACUCCGUUUCCAGCCUGGAACUCUCCCGUGAGCCGGAUUUCGGCUCAUUUUCAUGUUUCAUUCGUUUCCAGUCGGAAUAUUUUGCUGUUUCCAGACGCGGUCGUGCUGCUGGUCUCAGACUCGAGCAUCAACCAAAGGAAAGUGAUGGAGAUGUUCUUUUCUUCUGCUCUCCGGCGGCUCUUCGUCGCUGAAUUGUUCUUGUGUUCUGGUGUUUAGUCCGUCAUCGCACUUUUCCUCCUCCACCUGGCUGAGCCGCACGGCCAUUCAAACCGGAGGAAAUGAAACAGUUUCACCUGGAUUCUACUGCAGCUUUUUACCGCACUUUAAUCCUCUUUAAGGAAUAAACCCAACAGAUGUUUGACUUCUGCCUGAAAUCAUUUUGAGGAAUUUAAACCAAGAAGAUUUAUUAUAUUAUUAAUUAAUAUUAUUUUUCUCUUGUUUUAUCAUGUUGGAGUAAAAAUCCUGAACCUGUGAAUGUGUAUUUGAUCUCCCACUUUGCUUUCCAAUCUUAUUUCUCACAGAAUUACAUUUCCCCUGGAGGUAAUCUUUAUUUUUCCACUGCUAGAAUCAUCUGUCCUUUAGGAGAGGAAAUUCUGGAAGUGGUGAACGGUUCCUCACUUCAUCGCCUUUGUUUCAGAUCAGUUUUUAAUUCAAAGCAAGGAAGGGAGAACCCUGAGAACCAGUAAGGAUCUUAAAGACUCGCAAGAAUGCUCGGAGGAAUGCUGUAGGUCCCGGAGGGACCCUGAAAAUCCCAUCUCUGUGAAACUGUAGACAUGCUCUUGGGACCCUGAAGAACUCUAAGGUACCCGAAGACCCUGUGAGAAUUGCUAUGGAUCUUAAAGCGACCCUGAGACUCCCUUAAGGAAUCCUAGAGAGACAUACUCGGUCUUAACAGGAGUAGGGCACAGCUUUGGUCCCUGAGUUUUUUUUAAUCCCAGAAAUCAAAGACUCAAGGAUCCACUAAGGAUUCUGGAGGAAACCUGAGGAACCCUGGCCCUAACGAAGCUGAAGCCCUUGAGGAUUCCAAGAGUUAAGUACUUUCAGGAGCUCUAUAGGGACCCUCAAGAUCCAGAGAAAAUCUGGGGACCACAGAGGAACCCCAAACACGCUAGAGGAACCCUUAGAACUCCUCGGGGACCCCCCCAGAGAACCAUGGGCACCCUACGGGAUCUGCAGUACGCCCUGCAGGAGAAGAUCGAGGAGCUGCGGCAGCGCGACACCCUGAUCGACGAGCUGGAGCUGGAGCUGGAUCAGAAGGAUGAGCUGAUCCAGCGGCUGCAGAACGAGCUGGACAAGUAUCGGUCCGUGCUCCGGCCCGCCACCGCCCACCAGGUCCAGGCCCAGCAGCAGAGGCUCGUCCUGCAGCCAGACCAACACCGGAGCAAACGGCAGGCCAUCUCCGCCGAGCCCACUGCCUGCAACAUCAGCGACCUCAGCCACGUCACCCUGCCCUUUUACCCCAAGAGCCCACAGUCGAAGGACAUGAUUAAGGAGGCCAUCUUGGAUAACGACUUCAUGAAGAACCUGGAGCUGUCUCAGAUCCAGGAGAUCGUGGACUGCAUGUACCCGGUGGAUUAUGGGAAAGACGCGUGCAUCAUCGAAGAGGGCGACGUGGGCUCUCUGGUGUACGUGAUGGAAGAGGGGAAGGUGGAGGUGACUAAAGAGGGGAUGAAGUUGUGCACGAUGGGACCGGGCAAAGUGUUCGGAGAGCUGGCCAUCCUCUACAACUGCACCAGGACGGCGACCGUCCGCACUCUGGUCCAUGUGAAGCUGUGGGCGAUUGACCGUCAGUGUUUCCAGACCAUCAUGAUGAGAACUGGACUCAUCAAACAUGCUGAGUACAUGGACUUCCUCAAGAGUGUUCCCACUUUCCAGGGUCUUCCAGAGGAGACUCUCAGUAAACUGGCUGACGUCAUGGAGGAGACUCAUUAUGAAGAUGGAGAGUUCAUCAUCCGACAGGGAGCCAGAGGAGACACCUUCUUCAUCAUCAGCAAGGGAAAGGUGAACGUGACCCAGGAGGACUCAGCCAAUCAGGAGCCAACACACCUCAGAGAGCUCACCAGGGGAGACUGGUUUGGAGAGAGAGCGCUACAGGGGGAGGAUGUCAGGACAGCCAACGUCAUCGCCGCCGAGGCCGUCACCUGCCUGGUCAUCGACAGAGACUCAUUCAAGCAUCUGAUUGGUGGAUUAGACGACGUUUCAAAUAAAGGAUACGAAGACGCUGAAGCCAAAGCCAAAUACGAGGCGGAGAACGCCUUCUUCUCCAGUCUGAAGCUGGACGACUUCAACAUCAUCGACACGCUGGGAGUGGGCGGCUUCGGACGCGUCGAGCUGGUGCAGCUGAAGAACGAGGAGGCGAAGACGUUCGCCAUGAAGAUCCUGAAGAAGCGUCACAUCGUCGACACGAGACAACAGGAACACAUCCGCUCGGAGAAACACAUCAUGACCGAGGCGCACUCCGACUUCAUCGUCAGGUUGUACCGGACGUUUAAAGACAGUAAAUAUCUGUACAUGCUGAUGGAGGCCUGUCUGGGAGGAGAGCUGUGGACGAUACUGAGGGACAGGGGUUCGUUUGAAGAUGCGACCACCAGGUUCUACACGGCCUGUGUGGUCGAAGCGUUCGCCUACCUGCACGCCAAAGGCAUCAUUUACAGAGACCUGAAACCUGAAAACCUCAUACUGGACAGCCGGGGAUACGCCAAGCUGGUGGACUUUGGUUUCGCCAAGAAGAUCGGCGUUUGCAAGAAGACGUGGACGUUCUGCGGGACGCCGGAGUACGUCGCUCCAGAGAUCAUCCUCAACAAGGGUCAUGAUGUCUCAGCAGACUACUGGUCUCUGGGCAUCCUGAUGUACGAGCUGCUGACCGGCAGUCCCCCGUUCUCAGGUCCAGAUCCAAUGAAAACCUACAACAUCAUCCUGAGAGGCAUCGACAUGAUCGAGUUCCCCAAGAAGAUCACCAAGAACGCCGCUAACCUUAUCAAGAAGCUCUGCAGAGAUAAUCCCUCCGAGAGACUGGGAAACCUGAAGAACGGAGUCAAAGACAUCCAGAAGCACAAGUGGUUUGAAGGUUUUAACUGGGACGGGCUGAGGAAAGGAACUCUGACUCCGCCCAUCACACCUGACGUUUCCUCUCAGACCGACACCAGCAACUUCGACAGUUUCCCUGAAGACACAGACGAGCCGCCGCCAGACGACAACUCCGGAUGGGAUUAUGACUUUUAGUCCAGCUCACAUCCAAAUCCCAAAACCUGGCACCCUACGUGGAGAUCCAGAUCUCAGAAGAAGACGGCUUCUCACCAGGCUGAACAAAGAACCUUCAUGUGCCAGUUGGAGGACGUUUUCACCCACAGCACCUUCCUGUGACCUGGGCGCUGUGGCCUUCAGAUCCCCAAUGCUUUGUAGCCACAUUGUGUCUCCAAAUGAUUUGAGUGUGUUGAAGGCAGCAGAAGGAAAAAGAUCACUGAUCAAACGGGUCCCAUCUGCUCCCUCUAACUGGAGGAACCUUGAGCUGGAAGAUGAGGCGGUUCGAGGAUGAGACAAACCACCUGUUGGCUUCAACGGUUUGUCCCGGUCUCCAAGACCAGGGCCCCUAGUUCAUCAAGUCCAAGUAGACUAAGAGAGAGAUUGGACCUUAGUUAGUGAUGACACCCAGAAACCUGCUGCUUACACCCAUCAGUGAAGCCACCACAGGCUGAAGCUGGUAACUCUAACGGGGGGUCAAGGACUUUUGUCACAAAGUGCUUCCCCUAAAACAAACGUGUUUAAUCAAAUGGACAUACGGAAAACCUGGAGCAGGGUAGUGGACCAGUGUAGUCAGACAGUUUUCCUGUUUCCAGAAGCUAAACAGGCAUCGAAUCGUCCCUGCAGAUAACUCCCAAUGAGUUCAUAUCAUAGGUCAUAGGCACCGAGGCCCUGAUUUUCUGCAACCAAUGGAAAGCCUUUGCUCCUGUCAAGUGUCCUUGAUCAUUGUCUGAACCCCACUGCUACUACUGUCUGUGAUAUCUUAUUGUGUUUGUGCUGUGGAGGCAGUCAUGGAAGUCCUGAGGGGCUCCUCUAACCCUGUGAACCCAGGUUAGGCGCUCUGACAGCGGGCGGGAGACAUUUGUGGUCCGAUCGACGAACAGACGACGACUAACUCAAGGUCACCGUGAUGCCUUCACUUCUCAUUUCAUUUUCGGGAACUUCCAAAGACAGAAAGACAAAAGGUUUGGGUGUAGCAGCUGCGGACGUGAUACGAAAAUGUCUACUUUUAAACUUUCCUUUCACUUUGGUGAUGUUGUGAAUCUUCGGAUCAUAGCGUGAGAACAUAUAUUUUUGUACAUAUUUCCAAGACAGACACAUUUUUGCACGCACACACUCCAUUCUCAGACACAUGCACAAUCACAUGCACGAGCUGUUUGUUUCGAGGUGUUUCAAGCUUGAGAACGUUUCAGUAUUGUUCCCUAUUUUCGCGUCUGCGGCUCUUUUUAAUGACCUGGUUCCAGAUCUCAGAACCACCUCCCACACAGGUCUGGUGUUGUGUUCACUGACGGCCUUUUCCCCAGUUACUAAAACACACAAGCCAAUCAGAGCUUUGUCUGCAGGAUGAGAUGUUUGCAGCUGUAACAGUUAAGUAAGCUGAUUUCCAGAAAUAACUUCAUUUGCUCAUUAACAGAACCGGAUGACCGAGGUCCAUCUGUUCUGGACUUUUCAACCUUACCACACGGUCUUCUUCUGCAGAUGGAGUUUGCUAAGUGCUCAGAAACAAAUCCAUGUGCAAACUCCCUCUGCUGACGACGCUCGUGUGGUAUUAUGGUUCUGACUGGAACAGAUUUCUUUCUGCUCAACAUCACACACGUUGAGUCACCGUUUCUGGCAGCCGUGACAAAUGCAAACAACAUCAGAUGAAGCCAAAACAAAAUGGACGUUCAUUUCUGACUCGAGCUGCAGUGUUCACAUAAUUCCUCUGCAGCUGGAGGAUUAAAUUGACCUCUAUCAGGGCCGAACACCAAAAGACCCUCCUGGAAAACACUGAACACGGUGAGACUGGAGGUUACCAUAAAUCUGAGAUCACGGCAGCGUUAUGAAGGAAUGCUGCGGGUCCCGCUGGGUUAAAAGCAAAUUUAAGAAGAAAACGAUUUCUGCGAGGUAAUUUUAAUCCAUGCUUAAACUGUAACUCCACCACAAAUUGGACUUUUGCUGAGUUGAAGUGCACGUGCAGUCUUUGAGGUUCGUAUUUCUUCCACAAACAAAGAGUUGAAUCCGUUUAUUUCAGUUAGUAUUUCUAUUUUGUGGCCUUCUGUAAAAGCAGCUGAUAGUUGUCUCUGUUUGGUGCGACGCCUUCGUGACCAGCGGCCUGAAUGUGUUGUGAUAUUUAACUUCUGUGCGCUCUGCAUGAAAACACUGGACACAUUAAGUCACCAGACGUUCAGCUGGAGAUCAAGCUUAUAUGUCUGUGUGGUACGGAGCCGGGACAUGGUUAGCCUAGCUUAGCAUAAAGACUGGGAGCAGGAGGGAAGCCAGAAUUAUUCAGAUGUUUGGACCAGAAGGAGAAAUACUGAUUCUUGGUGAUGAUAUUUUGUGAUGAAGCUUGAGUGUCACUGAUUUAUUUGUAUAUAGUGGGAAUAUAGUGCUUUAUGCUGUCUCAGCUGUUUGUAGAUCAUUAUUAUUAUUAUUGUUGUUAUUUUAUUGUUAUUAUCACAGCGGUAGCUGCAGAAACCUUCUGACUGUCGCUCUGUCCCAGUUCCAAAAAGCUUUAUGGGCAUGACUGUUAAAAACAAAGUGAAAAACUAUUUUGCCAAAGCAGUUUGAUCUGUUUAAAGAAUAAAAGCUGUACAAAAACACUG